UGCAUGCACACAAACCCCACCCACGCACGCACGCCACCAACACAAAACACCACUGACCGACUGGUGGGCUGAUGCGAGUGUCGCACCCAUGCCACAAAACAGCAGCAGCACCUCAGCACCUCACACAUCGACCACAUCAUUGUUUGAAACACGCCAUCGCGAUUCAAGGGGAGAGCUGACCAAGACCAAGCCACCCCAGCGAACUGAGCGGCGCGACAAGUAGACAAGUGGCUGAAGGGCUGAGCAGGUGCAUACAUACAACGAACGAGAGACGCAGACGUACCUUUGUUCCCGCUGCGCGAAGACGGGAGGACAGUUCACACACCAGCCAGGAAGCCAGCCAGGGUGUGGUCAUUUUCCCUGGCUACCCACUCAACGGCGAGACAGCAAGCUCCACGAACGACGAGCCUCAAAGCAGCCUCAAAGCGCUAGAGCGAUCGCGAGCAAGCACAGCCAACGCAGCCACCUCACAAUACCUUCACCCCACAAGUACAUACAAUAUGGAGAGGGGCUGCAGACGAACGACGCAAACUCAGCAGCGGUGCUGCACCGCAGGUGUGCUUGUGGCGGUGGCGCUGCUCGCAUGUUGUGCUGCGCCGGCAUCGGCCCAGGGCGAGAACGGCAGGGGCAGCGCUCGCGGCACCAUCUUCAUCCUGGCCGACGAUGUUGGUGCGGAUAGCUUUGGUGUGUAUGGAUCCGAAAGGAACACACCCAACGUUGACGCCAUGGCUGCCAACGGCUUCUAUGCGGACUACUUUUUCAUGCACCCCGUCUGCUCCCCAAGCAGAGGCUCGGUUGCAAGUGCACGGUACCCGUUCCGCACUGACGUCACCCGAAACAUUGACACAACCACCAUCCGCGAAGAGGAUUGCUUGCUUGCAAAAGGCAUGAAGGCAGCAAACAUCUCCACCUUCCACGUGGGAAAAUGGCAAGUAUCACCUGUGGACCAGUUCAACCACAUUCGAACGCGAUGCGACUUUGACUACUACUUUGCGUGGAACCAAGAGGACAACCGGUAUUUCAACGGCGGAUUCUACACCAACGUGGAGGGCUUGACCAAUGACACGUACGCCUCCUUUAGCUUCUCCCAGAACCAGCCAACGCUUGCUCCCACCACAAACGAGUUUGUGGACACGACCGGCGCCUUUUCGCCAGACGUGCUGACAGACCUGGUCAUCGACUUUGUGCGCACGCGCGACGCAGACGAGCGCUUCUUCGUCUACUAUGCCAUGCUGCUCCCGCACAACCCAGUCAUCAACGUGCCUGGGUUUGACGACGCCAGCACCAUGCAGGAGCGCUUUGACAGCCAGGUGCAGUACAUCGACUUACUUGUUGGCCGCAUCACGGCUGCGCUGGAAGACCUGGGGAUCGAGGACGAGGUGCUCGUGCUCUUCUCCUCAGACAACGGCGCCAAGGGCGACAUUGAAACGCCGUGGCGGGGGCAGGUCAACCUGGGCGACAAGUUUGGCUUCUCCGACGCCGGCGUGCGCGUGCCGCUGGUGGCGCAGAUGCCCGGCACCGUGCCCGCAGGCACCUCUUCCUCGGCACUCACCGACUGCACAGACAUCCUCCCCACCAUCUACGACGCGUUUGGGCUGGAGCUGCCCAGCGACAUUGAUGGCGUGAGCUACUGGGACACGCUGGUCACCCCCGACACGGCGCCCGCGCUGCGCAGCUGGGUGUUCUUGCAGGCAAACACGCGCCAGAGCAUCCGCGAUCACACCCGUCAGGUGGAGGAGGACCAGGCCUUUGAUGUGACGCGGCUGUACGACCGGCGCGAGCUGCCCAUCACCACCGAUGCCGACGUGUGCUCGGACGCGGCCCUGAUGGACCUGUACGACGCCAAGGCGAGGCUGGUCAGGAACUCAAACAUCCGCAUCAAGUUCCCGACAGACACCUCCUUCAAGCACUGCAACGGCAUCGUGUGCCAGGCAAACGAGCCCUUCUGCGUGCGCUCGUGCGACACGUCCGUCUACCACUGCCUGGAGUGCAGCGCUGGCGAUCGCACCACGUGCACGCGCUGCGGCAUGGGCCACCUCCUCAAGCCCUCCACGGGCCAGUGCGUGCCGUCCAUGUUCACCACCACGCCCUCCACAACCACGACCACGACAACCACGACGACCACAACAACGGAGGGCACGACGACCACGGCUGCUUGUGUUGUUGAGCACUGCGCGUCGUGCCGCGGCAACAAGCCCUGGCGCUGCAACCGCUGUGAGGAUGGCUACCGGCUGCGGCGGCGCGGGCGGGAGUGCCGCCCCCCGCUGGACUGCGAGGUGGAGAACUGCCUGCAGUGCAAGAAGAACAGGCCCAGGCGGUGCAAGCGGUGCGCCGAGGGAUAUGAGCCGCGCAUGCAGCGCACGCGCUGUGACGUUCCCUUGCCCUGCCAGGUGGACAACUGCGUGGAGUGCCGGGAAAACAAGCCGCGCCGCUGCCAGCAGUGCGAGCCAGGGUACGCCUUGUACAAGAACGCCAAGCGCUGCGCCGAGAUUGGCCUGUGCCACGUGAACAACUGCGAGGAGUGCCACCUUGGCAAGCCGAAGCGCUGCUUGCGCUGUCUGCCGGGCUUCAUCAAGCGCAAGAACAAUCGCAGGUGUGUCCCUGAGCACAACUAGCAGCACGGCAAGCGCACAGUCGGGCGUGUGGCGACGCGAACCCCGAAGCUGAGACAACAGCAGCCUGCCUACGCGAAGCCAGUAGUUCUUUUCGUAGUAGAGCCUUAUCAGCGUGCAUGUCGUCGUUGGGAGGAGCAAGUUGUGAUGUCAAGUGUUUCCUUUUGUGUGUGCAUAGCCAUGUGUGUGCAUAGACGAUGGGGGUCCAUUCUUUCUUUCUUUGUCUUGUGUCUUUCUUUCCGCGGUGGUAGAGUUGUUACACCUUCCUUGUGUGUAUGUAUGUAUGUAUGUAUGUAUGUAUGCAGAUGGUCAGCUCAGGGUGUGUGUGUGUGGUGCGUGUGUGUGCUUGUGUGUGUGUGUGUGGUGCGUGCGUGUGUGCGUGUGUGUGGUCGAGGCAGUCUGUUCUCUGCUUCUUGUGUGUUCGCUUUGUCUUGUGUGGCUCCCUCCCCUCUUCAUGGUCAGACUUGAACACUCUCAUUACAGUCCACCAGUUGAAAGGACUCAAUGG